GGGAGGAGGGAGAGAGGAAGAGGCAGCAGACGGAUGGAGGGAGCGGCUCGCUGUGUUCCGGCUUGAGGCUCCCCCGUCUCGGGAGGUUCCCCCAGCCCCGCCAGCCGGGAUGAUUUAAGGUGACUUCUCUGCACAAAUCCCCUGCUCUGGCUCGGGCUGUAUCCGAGGAAGGAUGAUUGGAAUUUUUUUAGGCGCGCAUUGGAAGGGCUUUGGGAGCCCGGACCAAUGAGAGGCCUUGGGGGGCGAGCACGUGACUGGGUGAGCAUUUGGGUCAGAGCGAGCGGCCACGGGCAGGUGUCCACACUAAUGAGCUUUAGCAGAUUCGUGGCUUCGUGACUCGCUCUCGGCUUCCGCCGGACUCGGGACAAUGCUUUCCAUCCUGGAACGUUUCGAGGUAGAACCGGUGCCUCCCGCCCCGUGGUGUGGCUCGGCCUGAGGCCCCGGAGGACUGCGCCGGCCCCUGCCCCCUCCCUCGGAGGAGGACCUCCCCUGCCUCGGAGAAAGCCCUCGACUGUUCCGCGGCGGAAGCGUGCAGUUACUUUGUGGCCGGAGCCGGUCUGGGACCCCUGGCUCGGGAGGGGUCCCGUGAGGAUGCCGGCUGCCCCCCCUCCCCGAAACUGCAGGGGGGGCCGUUUCCUUGGGACAAAAGGAGAACCCGCGGACGGCCGCUGCCUUGAAGGAUUUAUGCUUCCCAGCGUCCAGGGCUCGUUCAGGCAUUGUUCCUUAGAGUCCUGACCCCGGGGAAGGGCGCAGGGGUCGGCCCGGCCCUUACCCGCCCGCCGGCAGGACGUCUUUAUCUGGGGGAGCCAGGAGCUCCCCACCAUCCUUGGCCCUCCCGGGCAGCCGCAGGAUCCUCGAGUCAGGAAGCGUUCUUUCUUUGCCCAAGACAUGGGAAGGGAAGCGGGGGACAGGAAAGGGGGCCGGCCUUCCUGCCUCUGCCGGGCCCUUUCCCAGGGGCCUCUGAGAAGGCUGGCCCUGCCACCAUUUUCCUCCCUAGAAGCUGUUUCUUAGGACAAGAAGGAAAAGACAUUCGGGCUGAGUUUUGUUCCAUGUUUUUAAAUAAGGGGGGUGGGGGUUUCCGGAGUCAGUGAGCUCCCCGCCCCUCCUUUGGCUGGGGGUGCCCUGGGCCUGCCGGGCUUCCCACUCAGCCCGUCCUCCUGCUCACAUCUCAUUAGCGUUGCUCCUGGCUGGUGGAUUAACUUAUCAGGGGGGAUUAGGGGGGUCUGACUUAGAAGCCGGUCUUUUUAUCUCCCCUCUCCUUGAAAGUGGGACAGACCGGCCUGAAAGCCCCCAAGGGGGAGGGGCCGCUCGCAGCGCUGCGAGGUCUGCCUGGGUGGGAGCCGUCCCCGGGCGGCCUCAUUCUGUGCCCUGUCACAUGGCACAAAGCUUUGGAGGCUUUCUUUAGCUCUUAAUCCCCAGGCACUGGUGCCCGCGGCCUGGGAGCCAUCGGCCGGCCGGCCGGGCCGCGGGAGGGGAUAAGGGGCCGGAUUAAGCGGGCCCACCGCCCUCGGGGGGCCGCCCGAGACAGAAGAAACCUUUCAUUGCAGCUGCUGAGUGGGGCCGGAGCCCUCUCCCCGGCUCGGUCUGCUCGAGUUUCAGAGAAUUAAUAAUUCAGAAGAGACUCUGAAACGCAAAACCGCCGGCGGGCCGCUGCUGCCGUCGCCGAGGGGUCCGCGGCCCGCCCGCCGAGGGAUGUGAGCGGAGGCGUCCGGCCCGCCCGCGGACGCGGCUUUCUCCGAUGCCGGUACCCCACAGGCCCGUCGGCCUCGGUCGCUCCCAGAGCUGGGAUGCUGCCGGCUGGUACGACGGCGCCCCGGACUACGCCAGGCCGUCGCCCAGCAGAAGGAGCUCUCUGAGCGCCGGCGGCGAGCCAGGGUGGUACGAGGGGCCCGAGAUCGCGAUGCAGGGCGGGCCUGAGAGACCGGACCCCUUCCUGUACCAGGAAGUGGCCUUCGGGGCCGGCCCCCUGAGGAAGAACUCAGCCCCCGAGUUUGUCUACUACGACAACAGGCAGCUCGCGCUGUCCGGGCGGAGCCCCCAGGAGUUCUACGGCGACCCCCCCUCGGCGGUGGGCAGGGCCCCCAGAGAGCCGCCCUACUUCAGGGACCAGAUGGUCGGCAGGCCGGCACCGAGUUACGGGAUGCCCGCAAGCCGCCUGGCGUGGGACCACACUCCGGCCCGCUCGGAAGCCGCUCGCCUUUACCGAGAGCCCGAGAGGAAGAUGAUCUCCGAGGGCCCCAGGGUGCGUGGCCGGGAGCCGGGCCCCGGCAGGUACGGGCCAGAGCCUCCCCCUCUGAGGUAUGGGGCAGAGGCGCCCCUUUAUCCCAGCCGGCACCUCCUAAAUGACGUGGGUGCCCGGCCCCCAGAGCCCCCGCCCGUCGCCAGGCAGACCGCGCCCACGUGCCUGGUGGUGGACCCCGCGGUGGCCGAGGUGGGCCCCGUGAGCCGGGGCUACGGCGAAGCCCUCACGGCCAAGGGGGACUACGAGCCCUACGAGCCCCUCGCGGCCCCCUCCCAGGCCCCGACCUCGGACGGCAAGAGGGCCGUGGACCCCGAGUUCGUGGCCCUGCUGCGGAUGGAGGGCGUGUCAGAGGGCACCGUGGGUGCCUUGCUGCAGCAGGGCUUCGACUGCCCCAGCGUGCUGGCCGUGAUGGAGGAGAACGACAUCCGGGCCGUGGCCCCCAACCUGGGCCAGGCGCGCCUCCUCUCCCGGCUGGCCGGUCACUGCCGGGCCGAGCUGCAGCUGCACCGGCCGGACCGCAAGGGCCCCCCCUCACGCCCCAGGCUCCGCUCCAACAGCUUCAGCCACCGGGGCGACCUCCUGGCCGGCGACUAUGCGGGUGCCGGCCCCGCCCGGCCCCCGUCCGCCUUCCCACUGCAGGCGGCCUCGCCCCGGGCCGAGGCGAGCCGCAGACCCGCCAGCGCGCCGUCCCAGCACCUCCUGGAGACCACCACCUAUUCGGCCGCCGGCGCGGCCCAGCCCAGCCCCGGGUAUCCCUCGCCUGUGCCAUGCCCUCUGAAUGCCCACCUGGCGCCCCCCUGCUCCCCCCAGGCCGGGCUGGCCAUGACCACCUCGGUCCAGAACAGCCUCCACCCCAGCCCCAAGACCGCCUACUCUACCGCCUACACGGUGCCCAUGGAGCUGAUGAAACGGGACCGCGCCCCCGCCGCCGCCCCCCUGCCCAGCCCCCGCGGCAGCCCCCAGCUCCUGAGGAAGCCGGGCACCCCCGCAGAUGCCGCCCUGCCGCCCGCGGCCAGCCAGAGCCUCCACACGCCGCACUCUCCCUAUCAGAAGGUGGCCCGGCGCACCGGGGCCCCCAUCAUCGUCUCCACCAUGAUCUCAUCUGAGCAAAGCAUCCGCCCCCAAAUCAUGAACGGCCCCUUACACCCCCGGCCCCUGGUGGCGCUGCUGGACGGGCGGGACUGCACCGUGGAGAUGCCCAUCCUGAAGGACCUGGCCACCGUGGCCUUCUGUGACGCACAAUCCACGCAAGAGAUCCACGAGAAGGUGCUGAACGAAGCCGUGGGAGCCAUGAUGUACCACACCAUCACCCUCACCCGCGAGGACCUGGAGAAGUUCAAGGCGCUGCGCGUCAUCGUGCGCAUCGGCAGCGGCUACGACAACGUGGACAUCAAGGCGGCCGGGGAGCUCGGAAUCGCCGUCUGUAACAUCCCCUCGGCGGCUGUGGAGGAGACGGCCGACUCCACCAUCUGCCACAUCCUCAACCUCUACCGGCGGAACACGUGGCUGUACCAGGCGCUGCGGGAGGGCACGCGGGUGCAGAGCGUGGAGCAGAUCCGCGAGGUGGCCUCGGGGGCGGCACGCAUCCGCGGGGAGACGCUCGGCCUCAUCGGCUUCGGUCGCACCGGGCAGGCCGUCGCCGUCCGCGCCAAGGCCUUUGGCUUCAGUGUCAUAUUCUACGACCCCUACUUGCAGGACGGCAUCGAGCGCUCGCUGGGCGUGCAGCGGAUCUACACCCUGCAGGACCUGCUCUACCAGAGCGACUGCGUGUCCCUGCACUGCAACCUCAACGAGCACAACCACCACCUCAUCAAUGACUUCACCAUCAAGCAGAUGAGACAAGGCGCCUUCCUAGUGAACGCGGCCCGCGGGGGGCUGGUGGACGAGAAGGCUUUGGCCCAGGCCCUCAAAGAGGGAAGGAUACGAGGGGCUGCGCUGGAUGUGCACGAAUCGGAACCUUUUAGUUUUGCUCAGGGCCCGCUGAAAGACGCACCAAAUCUCAUCUGCACGCCGCACACGGCCUGGUACAGCGAGCAGGCGUCUCUGGAGAUGAGGGAGGCCGCUGCCACCGAAAUUCGCCGGGCAAUCACAGGUCGCAUCCCCGACAGCCUCAGAAACUGCGUCAAUAAGGAGUUCUUUGUGACCUCGGCCCCAUGGUCUGUGAUAGACCAACAGGCAAUUCAUCCGGAGCUCAACGGCGCCACCUACAGAUACCCACCUGGCAUAGUCAGUGUAACGCCCGGAGGAAUCCCUGCAGCUAUGGAAGGGAUUAUACCAGGAGGCAUUCCGGUUACUCAUAAUCUUCCGACGGUGGCACAUCCUUCCCAAGCUCCCUCUCCUAACCAGCCCACAAAACACGGGGACAAUAGAGAGCACCCCAAUGAGCAAUAGCAGAUAAUUUAACGUGAAUAAUCAUUUACAUAAACUUGGGACCAAGGAACAGUAAACAAUAAACAGGAACUACGAGAAAAGGAAUGGGAUGCGGAAUUCACCAUGUGGAUUCUGGACUGACGCAUCGCUGACGCUGCAGUGUUAAACGAGGAGAUCCAAAGGCGAGACGGGGAGAACCAGCCGGAAGUCACCAUGUCUGCGUGCGAGUGCUGGCAAGCUUGGAUGUGAUAACAUUAACAACCAACUUCUGUUAUUGUGUGUUAAGUUUUUUUCAUCUGUGCACCAAUCACAAGAAUAAAUAGGUCUUUUUCCUUUCUCAAUCCCCUGGGAAUAGCAGGUCCUGAACAUCUGCUUUAGAAUGUUGCAUCAAAUGAUCCAACCAUCAGAAUAUGAAAUUGCAGAGAGGAAACCUAAUCAUGGGACUACAGCCUCUUCUGUCCACAUGUGGCUGGUUACCUCUUUGCCUAGGAGGAUAAACUAUCACAAAGAUGAGGAGAAAAUUGUUUUCCUGUGUUAAGACACUACAAAACAUAAGAUACCUGAAGAUAGUCAAGUUUCCUGUGUACAGUGAAACCUAGUUCUCCCUCAUCUGAACUCUAUACACACACCCUGAGCGGUUGGCUUUAAGCUCAGUAAAACCCUCUUAAUGAUGCAAAAAAGAAAAAAGAAAAAAAAAAAAAAAAGAAAAAGAAAAAAGUAUUAAAUUUCACAAGCUGUUUGUACUCAAAUAUAUUUUCUCAGUUUCAGAUCCUCAGCUAUUUUAUUGAGUGGAAAGUCUUGAGCUGAAAGAGCUCAAGAAGAAUAAUGUUGCAUUUCCUUAUGUCUCAGGAAACACUUUUUAUGGUAAUUUGUCAGAUUGUCUAUGAACAAAACCCACUUUUUUAGACAUUGAUAAAAGUCUUCUUUUCUUCACGUGAUAUUUUAUACAAGAACACUUCAAAUGUGUUAUUAGGUGUGACUGAUUUUAACAAAUCCUAUUAGAUUUGUAUCAACUAGUUACAUGUUAUAUUCAUAGUCUUUUGUGAAUCAUCGCCUUUUUGUUUUAAAAAGAUGGCCUGUUUUGAGCCUUUGUAUAGGUACAUUCCUGUUUCUGUGACAAAAAGAAAUCUUGAAAACUGUCCCAAACAGAAAACCAAGAAUGGCUAUCAGCAAGCAGUAUGUUUUGUUUUAGUGUGUUACCCGUUCUUGUAUUUGUUUAUUGUAAAGGUGGACAUUUAGCGUUCAGUGCAGUUUUCAAUAAAAAGUGAUCAAAACUUA